GCCUUAAUCCUACGUCUCUCUCUUUCUCUCUCUUUCUCAGCAGAUCUUUUCUUCUUUCUCCUGAAAUGGACCUCGCCGGAGAAACAAACAGCCUUAUCUCCACCGUCGCUUCUUUUUCUUCCUCUUCUUCCUCCGUUUCAUCAAUCGACACAAGCCUCGAUUGCGAUUCGCCACGUGGCGGAGAUGUAGACCACGAAUUGCUCCACUCGGCGGUUUCUUCGUCGGUGUCGGUUUCGGUUUCUUCGUCAUCUUCUGCAUCAAUCCAGGGAGUACUAAGUUUAAUCAGAUCAGAGGAUCUCGAUUCGAGGUUGUUUGCUGCUAAAGAGAUCCGUCGGCUGACAAAGACGUCUCAUAGGUGCCGCCGACACUUUUCCCAAGCCGUGGAACCGCUCGUUUCUAUGCUCCGAUUUGAUUCGCCUGAAUCUCACCAUGAGGCUGCUUUACUUGCUCUCCUUAACCUCGCCGUCAAAGACGAAAAGAAUAAAGUGAGUAUAAUUGAAGCUGGUGCUUUAGAGCCAAUCAUCAACUUCUUACAAUCAAAUAGCCCAACACUUCAAGAGUAUGCUUCUGCAUCUUUGCUCACUCUCUCCGCGUCAGCAAACAACAAACCCAUCAUUGGAGCUAAUGGCGUGAUUCCUUUAUUAGUCAAAGUCAUUAAACAUGGAAGCCCACAAGCUAAAGCUGAUGCAGUAAUGGCCCUUUCCAACCUCUCUACACUCCCCGAUAACCUAAGCAUGAUCCUAGCGACUAAACCACUCUCACCAAUACUCAAUCUUCUCAAAUCAAGUAAAAAGUCAUCGAAAACAUCUGAGAAAUGUUGUUCACUGAUAGAAUCCUUGAUAGUUUCUGGUGAGGAGGCGAGAACAGGGUUAGUUUCAGAUGAAGGAGGAGUUUUAGCGGUCGUGGAAGUUCUUGAAAACGGGUCAUUACAAGCUCGGGAACAUGCGGUUGGCGUGCUUUUAACGCUCUGCCAAAGUGAUAGGAAUAAAUACAGAGAGCCAAUUCUUAGAGAAGGUGUGAUACCGGGACUGCUUGAGCUCACGGUUCAAGGGACAUCAAAAUCUCGGACUAAAGCUCAGAGACUUCUCUGUUUACUAAGGGACUCAGAAAGCCCGAGAUCAGAGGUUCAACCCGAUACAAUAGAAAACAUAGUGUCAAGCUUAAUCUCUCAUAUAGACGGAGAUGAUCAAUCCGGUAAGGCAAAGAAGAUGCUAGCUGAAAUGGUGCAAGUUAGCAUGGAAAAAAGCUUGAGACAUCUACAAGAACGUGCUUCGACUCUUGUCCGUCCAUAACCUGUGAUAAAAAAACCGCAAUCCCGAGGUCUCUUCCAAGCAUAAACCGUGGUAAGACUCCGAAUAAGGGUGAUGAAGAUUGAUGAAUAUAUAUGCCAGUCCAGUUGCCGGCGUUUUGGUUCUUAGUGACUGGUUUUUUUUUUCUUACUCAAAAGUGUUCAUAAUAAAAGCAAUUUGUAAUU